GACCUCUGACCAGGGAGUCGCUUACAAAAUGUACGCUCUACCUCCGAUAUUUACGAAUUGGCUGCAGGAACUUAGAGCUAAAGAAAUAGGUGGCAGCGGCGUGGGCGGCGUGAGCGGCGUGGGCGGCGUGGGCGGCGUGGCCGGCGGGCUGUACUCGCAGAACGUGGUCAUGGGUUCGUGGUGCGCGCCCUACGACGCGCUGCAGCGCCCGCCUGGAUAUGAUGGCGUGCUGGAGGUGUACGAGGACGGCAGCGGGCGCGAGUGCGUGAACUGCGGCGCCAACAACACGCCGCUGUGGCGGCGCGACGCCACCGGCCACUACCUGUGCAACGCGUGCGGGCUGUACACGCGCAUCAACGGCGUCAACCGCCCGCUCGUCAAGCCCACCAAGCGCCUGUCGGCGGCGCGGCGGCACGGCCAGUGCUGCACCAACUGCGGCUCGCGCACCACCACGCUGUGGCGCCGCAACAACGACGGCGAGCCCGUGUGCAACGCCUGCGGCCUCUACUACAAGCUGCACGGCAUCAACCGACCACUGGCAAUGAGGAAAGAUGGCAUACAGACUAGGAAGCGAAAGCCCAAGAAAUCCGGUAGCGCAACAAAACCACCUCAAGACGCAGCCAAGAAAGAAGGACACAGCUCACCUAGUCUAGAUGACAGCAAACCGAGCGUAGCGGAAGUGCCGCUGCCGCUGACGUCGUCGAUGUCGCACGGCGCGGCGGGCAAGCUGCGCGAGCACGAGGCGGCGCACGCGCACGGCGCGCAGCACGCGCAGUACCCGCUGGCGCUGUCGUCGCCGCCGUUCCUGUCCAACCCCUCGCUGUUCAACAUCAAGAGCGAGCCCAGCGCGCCCGCCGCCUACGACGGCUACGCGCACUCCGGCCCGCACUACCACUCGCAGCAACAUUACUUACACGCUCUGCAGUACGGGCUAAGCAAUGGAGAAGAAGAAGAAGGCAGCGGCUUCCUGCACCAGCGGAACGUGACCGCGCACGCCAAGCUCAUGGCGUCCACGUAGCACCUCGCGCCUCGCGUCGUAGCUACCAGUGGAAGAGUAAGGCCGCGCGUGGCGUGGCAGCGAGCGGCCGACUGUGCCAGCCUAACGCACUCCGUGCUUGGUUACACUAUCAAGUUUUUGGACAAUUUUAUGCUCCCGACAACCUGAACAUUUAUACAAGUUCCGCUUUUUUAAUAUUCUUACAAAAAUGAAGAACCUAGAUAUUUACGAAAUGAUGUACAAAGAAUGUUCAACACUACGCCAGAUCAAUUCAGCGAUAUUAUGCUUAGAUUAAUAAUCCGCGAUAUGGCACAAAAUUUCUUAGUUAAUUAUCUCGCAUUUAAGUUGUGUGAUGCGAUACAAGCGAAUAUCCAGUUUUCCAAUGUGAUACAAUUAUUAAUAUAAAAUUAUUCAUUAGUGUAUAAAUAAAUAUGUAUACAUAAUGUACAUGUAUAACUAAUGUCAUUAAUCAUAAUGUUUUAUAUAUUUACACAUAACAUUAUAGUACACAGUGUUAAAAAUUCCAAACCUUUGAUUGUUAAAUCAACAUUUUCCAUUUCAUUACGUUACACCUUAAAAUAAUAAAUACGCCAUGAUUUUUGCAAUAAUUAUACACUACAUGGCACAAUAAACACGAACUUUGUAAAUAAUAUAAUUUAGAUUACAGUUGUAUGAUAUAGGAUUAGAAGAAGGCUGUAUGUAGGCGUAUUACUGACUGAAAUGAAAAUUACGCAAGUAUUAUAAUAUCCUAGUAUAUAGGAAAGAUUGCCUAGUAUCUCAUUUCAUUCCCCACUGAACUAGUCUUACGAUUUCUCAAUAUUGCAUUUCCUUAACCUGGGGAAGAAUAAUCUUCAAUACUGCCUUAUGUAAAUAAACUAGAUCUUAUAUUCUUUAUAAUCAGUAUUCUUAAAUAUUAUCUAAAUAAAUAUUAUACCAAUAUUAUGAACUAUAAUUGUGUUCACUGGCUAUCAGAAAUUUAUAAACUAACAAAUUAUUUACAAUUCUUUAUUAUCUGUACCACUAUAGUCUAUCUCUGUGAGUUCGACUUUUGAACAUGUGAAGUACUUCUAAGUAAAAUAAAUGGCAUUUAUUAAAUAGAUGUAAAUAUUAGUGUUAAGCUAGACAAAAAUUAUACGAAAUAGAUUUAGUUAAAUAGUUUAUUUUAUAUCAACCCUGCAUCGAUUUUAUCACAGAACAUUGCUUUGGCUAAGCCGGGUUUAUAUGGGUCGAUGGUUAUCGCGGGGCAGACUUGAAAAUAGGUCAUGGGAACUGUCGCAGUGUUUAGGCUUGAUCUACACAGAAAUUAAGACGCAGAUUAUGAUACUACAAGUUUCAUCUACUUAAUGGUCUUCUUCAUCAUGACUUAUUAUUAUCUUGCGCUGUGUUUGACUGUGUGUUUAAUGUUUUAAGAUUUCAUUGACUGGUUUGUUAAAAACCUAAAUAUGUACUAAUCAUUAUGUUUCACCCAUUUUAAUAUUACCAAUUGUAACUUGAACCAUGUAAACCCAGCUCAAGUGGGAUGUGACCGAAAAAAAAACUGUACAAAAGGUAAUAAUAACAAAGUCAAAUAAAUAUUUGAGCACA